UGCUCCCGGUUCUCUGUGUAACGGAAGACAUUUUGAGCCUCUGCGGUCGCUCCGGUCCGUUAUUGGGGUGUCAGCCUGUGUUCGGGGCUGACGUACCGGGAGUCAGUCUCCAGUCCGAGCUGGGAAAACGACGACAUUUAACGGGGAAAAGCGUUUUAAGACCGGCGUAUGUGCAGCUCGGCUAGCUAGCUUAGCGCCUCAAGCUAAAGCCACCAAAGCUAGCAAGGUCCUAGAUGCUAGUUAGUUAGCGGCAGCUAGCUGGCCUGCCCUCCUCCUCCACCUCUACCACCUCCUCCUCCGCCUCCUCCUCCUUCCUCCUCGACAGCCGGUCCCUUCUUCAGAACACAAUGGCUUUAAAACGAAUUUCUAAGGAGUUAACCGACCUGUCCAGAGAUCCUCCAGCUCAGUGCUCUGCUGGACCCGUUGGUGAAGAUAUGUUUCAUUGGCAAGCUACUAUUAUGGGGCCUCCUGACAGUCCCUACCAGGGUGGCGUAUUUUUCCUGACUAUUCAUUUCCCUACAGAUUAUCCCUUCAAACCACCCAAGGUCGCCUUCACAACGAGAAUUUAUCACCCAAAUAUUAACAGUAACGGCAGCAUCUGCUUGGAUAUAUUGAGAUCACAGUGGUCUCCAGCAUUAACGAUCUCUAAAGUCCUUUUGUCCAUUUGUUCUCUGUUAUGUGACCCGAACCCUGACGACCCGUUAGUGCCAGAGAUCGCUCGCAUCUACAAAACAGACCCUGUAAGGUAUAACAGACUAGCCAGGGAGUGGACAGAGAAGUAUGCCAUGCUGUGAGGGUACAACAAGACAGCUCAGGACUGGACGCAGAAAUACGCCAUGUGAUCUAUCGCCGCCGCUCACUGCUGGAUUAACGGUUUGAUUUUCUCAUGUGGCCACGCCCCCUUUUCACCGCCGUAACCGCAAUUUGUUCACGGUUUUGUUUUGUUUUUUUUCGUCCUGACGCUUUUAAAUUCGAGGACUCUUCGCUGUGAAUGUGCCAACUGCAAAAGUAAAAAAGAAAAAACCCACGAAGAAGAGUGGACUGGAGCGGAGGAGGCGUUCCAGCGGCGGGAGGGCGUCAAUCAAUAAUCAAUAAUGCAUGUCAGCGAUCGGUUCACGUGCUGCUGAGAACAGAUGUGUCCACUUUUAAAAAUGAGAAAAAAAGAGGCUUUUUCUGGGUUCCUUCUUGUUUUUUUGUUUCUAGACGAGAGCCGUUAGUUCAUCCAUCAUCCAACACUGUCUCCGGUUUUUGCACUGAAAAAGAAAAAAGCUCAGCGGCUGAUCGAUCAACUAAUAGCUCUGUGAUGUUUUUCUCAAUAAAGUUGAACAAAUUGCA